AUGACCGAAAGCAUUUUAGAGACAGGGGUGCAAGUUCCAAGUAGACUUGCAAAAUCUCAGUACCGAUUGUUCUUUUCAUUCUCUAAGAGUAUGGAAGUAGAAGGAACUGCCCUUGUGGAACGUAUCCCAUUACAGCACUGCAAAUUAAUGGGAGGAACUGCAAUCCUCUCCAGGCAGCACAAGGUAAAAUGGCAUGGGAACCCAGCCAGCCAUGAUGUCCCAAGAUGAAUGUGGGAAGGGAAAUGAUAGAUCUUCAAGCAGAGUUGGGGGCAAGCCUAGGUAUAGAAAAAUGGGAGCAUCCUGUUGAAAAGCUAAAGUCUACAUCUCCUUUCCUUAGACAACUUUUCUUUAGACCCAGUGUGGUUCACAAGUGAUUAUUUAAAAUAAGUGGUUUCUAGAUGUCAUGACUGUAGUCUAAGCAUUCCAUGUGCCCUGCAAAUAUGUCUAAGAAGCUAAGGUUGCUUGGUGCUCAAAGCAGAAAUUAUGCCUGUCUCUUUAAGGGAGGCUCUAAAAGAGAAAGCAGCUGCUGUGCCUCCCUCCCCCUGUUUUUUCCACUAGUUACUCACUUGGCCAACCUUCUUCCCUUGCCUUGGAGGGAUGAAGGUGAAGGGAACUGGUAGGCUGCCUGCCUCCACCUACUGCUUCUAGUUGAGAAGCUGGCACCUGUAGAUGUCAGUAGCAAUCGUCCUGCUAUUUUAAGCUUACAAAAAAUACAGGAGUCAAAAUUAGUCAAAAUGUGUUGCUUUUAACUACUCUGCUGUUUAUGGAGAAUAAGGCUAUCAAUAGUUACCAGGCAUAAUGACUAUAUAUCAGCUCCAAUGUCAGAGGCAGUAUGUCUCUGAUUACCAGUUCUUGGGGAACAUGAGCGGGAGAGGAGUAUUACUCUCAUGUCCUGCUUGCAAGCGUUAAAAAGGUAAAGGGACCCCUGACCAUUAGGUCCAGUCGCGGACGACUCUGGGGUUACGUCGCUCAUCUUGCUUUAUUGGCCGAGGGAGCCGGCGUACAGCUUCUGGGUCAUGUGGCCAGCAUGACUAAGCCACUUCUGGCAAACCAGAGCAGCGCAUGGAAACACCGUUUACCUUCCCGCCGGAGCAGUCCCACAGGCAUUGGUUGACCACUAUGACAACAGAAUGCUGGACCAGAUAGGCCUUUGCUCUGCUCCUGCAGGGCUCAUCUUGUAUUCUUAGCUUUAGCGCAAUAGACUUGAACUGUAAAAGCAAAUUCUGGCCCUCCCCCAAUUGAUGGAAUACUUCAAUUUUUGGUACUUGCAGUGGUGUGAAUUUAGGCAUGAGAUAUGUGCCCUGAUCCUGUUAGUUUAUAGGGAAGGUUUUCUGGAUGGUGUUGUGCUGCUGCAUGAUUUCAAUGCCUCAGUUUUCCAAUAAGCGUUCACUUUGUAUAGUAUUGAACAGGGAAGAGCAAAAGGCAGCCUCCCAAGACAUGUCUGGCUCUGUCAUUUGGUGUGGAUGAACAAAACACUUUCAGAAUAUGGGGGAAAAAAUGCUCCAAAACUGAUCUGUGGGGUGUGUGCUUCUGUGUGUACACACGCACACAUGCACCCCCCCCCACCUAAGUAGCAUAAUAUCAAUAACAAAUAGAGAUUUGAGGUGUUUUUUUUAAGGCUACCUGCCUUUUGUGGCUGCAUGCUAUAAAGAGCCCAUGAAGUGAAGUGAGGGGCUGUUGGCUGUAGGGCAGCAAAAACAGUCACAUGCUGUGAGCAGUUUCAUCUACAUCCUUCUAAUAGUAAGUUGGUAACAAAGAAUGCCAUUAUUGGGAAGCUCCUCAUCCUGUUGCUGCCAAUGUUUGCCCAGUGCAAGCAAGAAGCUGCUGAGGAAGGAUAGAUUCCAGCCAGGAAUAACAAAAGGAGCCAAUUAAUAUGGUGAGGUUUGAGAAGGAUUUUCUCUUGGGACAAAAGGAUUCCUUAGAACUGAAGGUGCAGGAGUUGGGAGACCUCUGGUCCCUUGAUUUCCCUCUUCCUUGUGUGAUUUAUGCCAGCCUACUAUUUUGUCUGGCACAAGAGAGGAUCAUAGGGGAAGUAAAAAAUCUAACCCGUCACAGAAAGGUCUUGUCUUACAUUUCCUAAGGGUUGUUUCUGCCUUUGAGUUAACUUAGCACAGGCCCUGACAUAGACAGCAACAUUCCAAAACGUGGUGGUAAUGGAUAGGAGCAAAAGUACUUGUUAAUGUGCAAAAGCUCUGUGUGCGCGUGCAUAUGUGGUGCUUUGCUUCACUUUGCAAGUAUACAUGGGAGAGCACAUUUCUGUGACCUAAAAAAGUUGGCCAAGGGGUUUUCGUCUGUCAGUCAUAUUCAUGAUUCUGCAACUACUGCACUAAAUUAUGUGCCUAUGGAUGCAUGUGUAAACCAUCAUAUUACUAUGCGUGUGUGUGUGCGUGCGCACACGCUUACGGGUGUCUUCGGAUCUCUAAUGUGUGGCUCCAGCAAAGCUGCACGUUUAAUGACCUUUCCCUAAAAGCAUUCUCCACCCUCUCCUCUUGCUGCAUUUCUUGGAGAGGGGAAACUCAGAAAUGGCCUGUACUGUAGAAGUCAUGCAUUCCACAAAAGAAACUUUGUCCAUCUUCUCCCCCCUCUACCCACAACAUACAAAAACUGUUUGACUAGAAGAUACAUUUUACCGCUUGUAAUAUCUUCCCUCUGAUUGUUCACACCCUCGGCUAGGGCCAGACCUGUACCCUUCUAUGCAUGUUUGUUGGGAAUGUGACAACUGGAAAGGAGUUAUUAGUUUCUUUGUACAAUGAACACCCCACCUCCCUUUAGAGCCGUAAAAGGUGGGUCUGCAAACUAGCUGGAAAAACUCCCCGAGAGCUUCGUUGUCGUUGCAGUUUUGUAAUGGAAAUAAAUGGUAGCCUGGGGGCAGACAUCUCUGCGUCUCGCUGGUACGAAGGCCCAGACGGCCCGCGAGUGCAGGCGGGUCUGCACUUGCUUGUACCGGGGCGUGAAGGGAGGCGGUGAAGCUGGUUUCCCUCUCCGCCCCAGGUAUGGUUUUUCUCGGGCGCUGUUCGUUUCUUCGCGGAUGCUGGAGGAGAAUCUCUCUCUCUCUCUCUUCCUCCCGGUGCGGGCCUGGGGGCCACCAGCAAGGGAGCAGCUGCAGGUACAGGCAGCCUCCGCAUAGUUGGCAUUCCUGCAGGCUCGUCGCCCGGGCUCCUUCCAGGUCCUCGGCACCGCGCGCGUUGCCUCCGAGUCUCCCGGCCGGAGGCUCCUAGAUAAGAAGAACGCGCUUCCUUCUUUAGCCGCUCCUGUUUCUUCGAGACCUUUUCGGGUGGAUGGGGCUUUGAUGAAUCCCCUGGGCGCUUUUAUUUUCAAGCAGGACAGAAAAAAGGUGACCGGAGCUGAUUAUUUUUGGAGAAGUCUCUCCAACCUCGCCUGCGAGCAAACAGGCACACUCGAUGCAUCUCUCUCUUUGCACGGCCAUAGAUCUUGGUGUAUCUUAAGAACAGAAGAGCCCGGUGACCCAGCCUAGUCCAGCAUCUGGUUCUCAUAGUGGCUAACUAGAUGCUUGUGGGAAACCGCGAUUCAAGAGUUCCGUCUUUCUUUAUUAAAAAAGAUAAAGCUCACUCCAAGCUAUCUUUCCUCAAAAGUUGCCUGGCGUGCUCUGGUCCAUGGGGUCACGAAGAGUAGGACACGACAAAACAAGGGUCUGGGUUACAAAACAACAACAAAGGCUUGAUCCCAGUGAGAUUUUUUCCUAGUAAAUACAGGGAAGUAAGCCCCAUUGAAUGCAGCGGGACUUAUUUCUGUGUAAACAUGCACGAGUGCGUGUUAUAAAAACAGUAAGAGGAAACAAGAUGGGCAUGAGCAGGUGCCAUUCAAGCAGUGCAGCGAGCAUGUCAUUCUAGGGCAGGGACCCGCCGUGUUAAUUCUUUAUAGGACGAACUAACCCGAGAGUUGGGUUUUCAGGUCAGGCUCGGCUGACUGUCGGAUUCAGGUCCCGGGGGCUUCCCACCCCUCCCCCCGCAAGCAGCAGGAUUCCCACAUCCGGGUUCGACCCUGCUGCUGCUGCCAGGCGUCCUGAGUUGGGGUCAGCCCCGGCGCCUGCGGAGUUAAUUGCCGCCACUUUCGCUCGCCUCCUCCUCCUCCUCCUCCCAGCCGAGGCUCUUUUCUCGGAGCUCCCGGGACGCCGCGCCGCUUCUCACGUGGGCAGCGGUGACCCUCUGUGUUUACUUUAUUUUUGGCACUUCUAGCAGUGGCGGCGCUUUUCUCGAGCCCUCCGGUGGCGAUGCGAGUUUUUUCUUGCCUCAACUUACCGGAGGGGAGGAAGGGGCAGCUCGGCUGAGUCAAGGUAGGGGGGGGCGAGGGGAGGCGGAGCAGGCGGCUUCCCCUUUGCCCUGGGCGACUUUGCGAUGGCUGAUCAGAAAGUUAAUGUAACCUUUUUUCUUUUGUGGGCUUUCCUUUUGUUCUUCGCCUUCCGGGGAGGGGAGGGGAGGCCCCGGCUCCGGGAAUUAACAAAAGAGGGGAGAGGAAAGUGACUGAUCCCAAAGGGAGGCGUGUGCAAGCAAGGAAAAGAGGGCAGAGGAAGCGUAGAAAAGGGCGCUGCUGUCUGUGGGCUGCGCGUAAAGCUCAGGGCCGGGGGGAGGCGGCGGACGGAGGACAAGAGCCAGGUAAGGACACCUGGGCUUGCUGGGAGCGCCUGCAGCAGGUGGGAAGGAAAGUGGAGGAGGGGAGAGGACCGUCGGGGCAGAUGCAGAGACUCGGAGGUCCCUGUGAAGCAACACCGGUGGCGCCUCCCACCAGCUUCCCCGUCGGCGAGAGAUCGCGCUGCGUCCUUGCUUGUUACCUGGCGCGUAAUCAGGGUUGCGGAAGGCAUUGCCCCGGGGCGCAGAGCGCACGGCACCGCGGUGGGGUUGUUUGGGGUGGGGGCGGCGUGCUUGCGCAGUUACGGAGGUGUGCAGAAUUCUACCCACAGCCACACACUCGCCCUCCCCCCGCUCCGCAUCCCAGCAUCCAGUGAAAGCGCGCUCUUUAUUGAGCUGGUUUCCAGGACCCUUGAAACUCCCUUAAUCUCUCUAGCAUGAAGCCGCCCCAGCAGCGGCAUUCGUUCCCCCGAUAGCUCACUUGUUCCUCUUUCCCAGCAGCUCAGUUUACUGGCCCGUGAAGGGCACGUCGCGCCCGCGCGGUUCUGGCGACCCGCUCACUCACAAGCCGUGGCGGAAGGUGGGCGGCGCAGGUUAGGUCUUCGCUCUUUUCCUAAACCCCUUUUGUGAAUGAGUGUGUGUGCGUGUGUGGCGGGUUUCGAACAGGACUGAACAAAAAAGGGACCCACCAGCAGGGCUGUACACCUCCUGGGAACCUCUUAAUGUUUGGUUACCUCAAAGAGACCAGCUGUCUGGCGCCUCCUUUCCCUCCCUCUCUCAUUCAAGCUGAUCGGAAGAACUUUGUAACUUCGCUGCUGCCAGACGUUGCUUGCCUCUUCCCAACCUCAACCCCCCCCCCCCAUUGUGUCACAUCUUUUAGAUUAGAACGGGCAGGGGUUGCCUUGUUAUUGGUAACAUCUAAGGCGCUGUUUCAACUCAAUAGUUAGGUAACGUGCUUUUAAUAAAUAAAACUUGAUAUUGGGACGUGUGUGCAUAACAGCGAAGGGUCGUUCAUGGAAGACUGGCCAUUGGUGCCUCUGUUCAGGGGUGCCCAUAUUAAUCGGCGCUGCCUCUGCGCUGUAUCAACCUGAGCUGGUGGUUCAAAUGAUUGAAUGGACAGGGAAGGGGUUACAUGCAAAGUGUGUGAUCUGCUACUGAUCUACUAUAGCCUUUCCUAAGAAUUAGGAAUAUCCUCCAGUCGUCUUCAUAAUUAGCCAGUUUUGUAUGAUCCUGUAGCUGUUUGGUGUAAGGCAGCGUCUCCUAGAACAGAGGUCAGUCCUCAAACUUUCCAACUCUAAAGCCCACUUGAGACGGCUGAAAAUUACUGAGGCCCACCAGCUACAAAAUGGUGGUGCAGGGAGGGUGGGCAGAAGCAGUCAUGGUGCCAGGUGGAGGCAGAGUUUGGCUUAAUCCGCUGGCAAUUACUGGCAUCGUUUUCUACUGAGAUCUAAGCCAUAUUUGGAAGUUCUUUGCUUGAGCUUUUACCUUGUGGCAGAGGUGUCCCAUCACUUCACUUUUCUCAAGCUAAGUACAAACAUUGGUUCUGGAAGUAUUGUAAUGUCCUCCCCAUUUGCUGAUGAAAGCUUUUACUUUUGUUUUCCUUUCCUCUACAUGCCUCUCCAGUGAAUAUAUAUAUUACCUAUCUUCUGUAAUUUCUUCUCUUAUUUUCCUUGUACCUUAUAUCCUUUCCCCAAACUAUUGCUUUCUUUCAUCCCCCUUCCUCUAGGCCGAGAUCUGCAUAGACAUGGUGAAGGGUGCACAACCCGUGAGUCUUCUCCUGACACAGAUAUUUCUAUUGCAUCUAGCUGGCACAGUGGUUUUAUUGGAAAGAUCAAGAAAGCAGGGUUUCAGCAGUUGGUGUGCCCUCCAGCAAUGAUGAUGUCAGCAGGAGAAGGGAUUAUGAAACUGGGUGUCAUGCUGGCACUUGCUGCUUUCUAGAGCUUCUACCCCAGCUCAGUGCACCUGACCUAUAUCCAGGCAGCCUCACUUAAAAGGCUCCUCAAAGUUGCUUGUCUUGUUUCUAGGAUGUGUGAGGAUUUGGGGCCUCUGCAGCUGGGCACUGCAGGGGUCCACCAUAGGAAGGGGUUGCAGUUGUGUCACAGUGAAUCAAUCCCCUGCUGUGUGAUGGGCUUCAUUAUUUGUUUGAACAGCAGCGCUGCAUGUCCCUUUCAUUGAGCAAUCCUUACAAAGGGUAUGGAGAGCAGUUCCUUUGCCUACAGACCUUACACACCUUCUCUUCCCUCCUCCAACUCUAAAGACUCAUCAAAAGUUCUGUGCAUCAGUAGGCACAAGGGCUCUGAAUGGAUGACUGGCUAGUAAUCCAGGCUUUUUUUUUUUAGUCCUAUGACUAAAGAAAGGUUCCUGCACAACCUCCAGCUGUUGUUAAUGCAAAUCUCAGGCAUGCCCAGGAGCCAUAUGAAUAAUUAAUAUUAGCACACAAGUGGCUUUAUGGCCUUUUUGCAAGUCCUUUUCCUAAAUGUUUACGUGACCGUUUGCCUUCCUUUUGUGGACAUGUGUUAUAAAUAAAAAGAACAUGAAUCUGCACUGUGUUCAGCAAAGUGAGUGGAUGCAUGCACCAGUAAUGUUCAUCUGAUGUGCACAUUAAUAGGUUUCUUGAGCAAGGCAGCCCUUUUGCAAGAGAUUCCAGUGUAUGGGGGUGGAAAGGCAAUAUGUGAAUGCUUUUCGCUGUUCUUAUCUAGGAUGUUAGGUUGUGGGGCAAUGAUCAAGCUAUGGGGCAUUGCCUUUCUCUUGGAACAAAGUUACGGGAUUAGAACCUGACAGAGGGGCCUCGCCAACAUGUCCAUACACAUCCUGGGAAUCCGGCAUUUUGGAUACCUAAACACUAACAAUAUGCUUCUCUCGGCAGUGAGAGAUUAAGCUUUGUAGCGUGAAGUAGAGAUGUGGGAAGCUCUUCUCAUUUGCCUUGGAAUCCACAGCUUACUGGGCAAACUAAUGAGGCUACAAAAGUUCAACCUGAUCCCUUGGAGUUUGCAGCCUGAAUAAAAUUGGGAGUUAUUCACACACGUUGCAUUCCUUCAGCUUGUAGCAUAACUCCCCUUGCUUUAGCAUAGUUAUCGCUGAUAGUAUGUGGAUGUGUUUACACAGUCAAAUACCACUGGAAAGCUCACUUGCAGGCAGAAUCUCAACUGUUAUUUUAUAAAAGGCAAAACCCUUUUUUCCAAGAGAGACACCCUUCCCCACCAAGAGUCACCCGCUUUAUAAUUAACUGCUCUUACUUUUCUAAAAACCUCUUUUAGAACUUUGGAACUGAAGUCAGCCCCGUCCCAAGAGUUGGGGACAGGUAACAGUCUUGUACAAUAAAGCUUAGGAGCUGGGUUCCUGUCUCCAAAGUCCUUGCCAUGGAAGUCACAUAGUCCCCAGGAUAUGGCCCCAAGGCACCGUAUGAGACCACCACUUGGCUGAAGCUAAAGAGGUCUGGCUCUGGGCAGUGCCUGGACGGAAGAAAGGUGGGAUAUAAACGUAAUAAAAUUAAAAAGAGCAACAAAACAGGGAGAAUGCAGGGCAAGAUGGGAGUGACUGGGUUUUAAACUCAACCUUAGAAUGGUGGUUUGUAAGCUUCCUAUAUUCAGGGCUUUCACAUCACUACAGAUGUACGUUACAGCACAAGAUUGUCUGUGAUGGGAAAUCCUGUCUUUCUUUCCUGAUCUUUUUGCCGAGGAGCCCUUUUCAAGGAAGCACAGGCUUUUCCAGAUCACAGUAUGAAUGCGGCUGCCUUUGAUAUGGCCACCUUGUUCCUAGAGGCUGCUGCUAAUGAGGGCUAUGCGGCUUGGGUGGUGUGGCUUAUAACUCUACCCAGGGGGGGGGGGGACUGAAGUGCUAGGAAAUCAUAACCUGGUCCACAAACCCAGUUGCACAUCUUGUAUAAUAGGAAAUAAACCCUACAGUUCUGUUCAAAUAGGGGCCCUCAAAGAAUAUGCACCACAAUAGCAUGUUAGGCUGUGGGAAUCGUUGUUUGUGAAUAUGGUAGACUCCACCCAUGCACUCUCUCUUCUUCUCUCCACAUAUCACCCCAAGGCUUAUGUUCUUUACAACAAAAUCUGGGCUCCCCCACCCACCCUUUGAAGCAAUGCUGGGUAACAGAUCUGUGGUGCUUGGAGUUGGUUCUGUAAAAGUUUUAAGGAGGCAAACACACAGCAAUGUCUUCUCCUCCCCUUAAUGCACUGAUUAUAGCAGUUGCUUUCCCUGUUCCUUUGCAAAAUAAAUGAAUAAAUAACUAGUUUGUGCCUUCUUGCCUGUGUUGUCUCACUCUCUUCCAUAACAGGCAAAUGGCAAAGGCUGUCUGGUCUUCUUGCAUUUUACAUAUAUGCAAGUAAGACAUGGAACCCAUGAGAGACUGUCUGGGCUAGGGUUUUUUGUUUGUUUGUUUUAGACACACGGUGUUAAUGGGAAGGUACAGAUGUUGAUGCCUUUGCACUCCGGUGAGCAGGGAAAUGAGGAAGAUCAGGGAACAGUCAUGAAUGCGUUUUCCACUUGGUUUAGCCAGUGACCCUUCAACCUAAAUGGAGCCUCUGUCUGGUUGGUAAUUGCCUCAUGGGUCUCUGAGGAAUGCAGCAGGCGCAUUGGAGACUGGAGGGCUUAAGGAUUAGCUUUGUGAACAGCAGGAUGCUAAGCUGGAAAAAAAUCACACGAGAAACUCUUGCUUCCCUUUAAUGCUUGCCAGUCACUGGAGAAAGAGACUAGAUUCAGCCACUUAUGGGCAUGGGGAAAGAUGCCUCCAAGUCUAGAUAAUGGAAUUUCUAUGUUACCGUUCUUUUUGGAGAUUUCUGACAGCUCUGUACAUGUACCCAUUUUCUGAUGACUGGAAACUACUAAUUCCACAGCAUUUCCCCAUUUAAAUCCAGGGGCUUUCCUCACGGUUGGGUUGUUCACCAAAUUAAAAGAAUUAUUAGUUGAUUGAUCAGCUGUCAGUUGACCCAAGGUAUGGUCUGAAGGCAUAUGAGCCCACAACCUUGCUGAAGCUAAACAAGCCUGAUUCUGCUCAGUGCCUGGAUGGGUCCCUCCUGCCAGACUGCAUGUAUGCUGCCUUGGGUUCCAUAAUAGAAGAAGAGUGAGGUAUAAAUGUAAGAAAUUAAAUAUAAAUUAAAUAAAUAGGUGUAUUACCCAAAGCCAAAUCUAGGUUUAUUAAUGAGGUAGUGAAGUGUAAGGUGUGUGUGUGUGUGUGUGUGUGUGUGUGUAAAGCUAGUUACACAUUAGCCAAAUGAAUGGCACACCAACAUUGCCCCAAAGUGCUAUUCCCUUAACUCACAGUCCCACUUGGUUUAAAAUAUUCAUAGAUUUAAAAUUGGUCUCCGUUGGCCAGCUAAAUUUUUCCGAUGCUCUGUCAAUUAAAAGGUGCAGCCCAAGUCUGCAGCAUCUGUUCAUCGUCUGAUGGUUUUUACUGAUGGGCCCACUUAAUGUGAGAUCUGCAAGAGAGCUUUGCUAGGGACUAUAUCAGAUCAGGGCUUCCCUAAGACAUGUUGGUGCCUGGGGGCCAAAGGCCCAAAUUCCAUGGGUAAAGAUGGGGAACCAGCAGCCAGGAUGUUUUCUUUCACGCUCUCCAUUGAUAUGGUGCUCAUUUCAGUGAGGCUUAUGCAGGAGAGAAUUAAUUGUGCCUCUUGGGUUAAAAUUGUCUGUCUCCCAUUCCUUAAUGCAAGGGUAGCUAACCCUGUUCCUUCAGUUGUUGCUGGACUAUAGCUCCCCAUCAUCUCUUACUAGUGGCCAUUCGAGCUGGGACUGAUGGGAAUUGAACAUCAUCUGGAGGGCCACAGGUUACCUGUUUUUCCUCUUCCAUUAAAAUAUUAUUUAUUUAGAUAUUUACAUCCUGCUGCUUUUCAGUAUGGCUUACAUGGUCAAGGAGUUUAAAAAACCCCCAGCUAAAAUUCAUAAAAUAACAGCAUAUACAUAUUGGCAACAAAAAUAAGCGAAGUCAGUAUAAAAUCACAUGGCAGAGAUGAAACUUAGCUUUGAAGCUAAAAGGCCCUGCUUGCUUUGUGUGUCCCCCCUCCUUCAAUCAUUUCCUCUUGCCUUUCCCCAUCUUGUCUGACAUUCCCUUUAUUCUGUUGGAUUUUAAUACCUGUUGUGUUUGUUUUAGAAAACUUGAAUGUGGUAGUUAUUGGAAAUAAGCUUAAAUGUGGCUUCCAUAUAGCUGACUCUGCAGACUGCCAAAUAGAACAGCCGAGGUAUACACACAGCUUGCCUCACAUCACUGAAGGGCGCUGCUGAUUCUGGAACAUUUGCAAUUGCAUUGCCAGCAUCAAAGGCUGUGUGUGUGUGUGCGCACGCGCAUUGUCUGAAGCACCAAGGUGGCAGGAAGUGGCAGGAGCGCUCUCAAACUGGGAACAGCACAGUGCGCUCUGACUCAACACUGAUAUCGCUCCUGCCACCAGAACACCAAGUUCUGUGUCAGCCGUGAGGUUCAGAUGUCAGCAGCUCAGUUAUGCAUCAGCACCCAUUUGAAGUACAACCAACCUGGGGCACAGUGAAGACUGCAGGACUGCACACUACGGCGCACCUGAAGCAUAAGCAACCUGGAGAUUUUGCUUGUUGGUUUGUGGCGGUCCAGCCAUUUAUGCACUGCCACUGUUGCCUUUCUCUCUGCUACUAAUUCAGGCAGGAAGGCACAGAGUAGCUUCUUUGCACUCUUGAUUUUGAGUUCCUUUCUCUUGGUUUGCAUCACAGUUCCGAUAGCAUCUCCACAUUGCCGUUCUUCUGUGCUCUCAUUUUGAUGCUGCAGAGUAAAACUUUGGGACCAUGGAAGGUAUCCAGGGGAAAGAGAAGUGCCUAUUCUCUGGUACACUGUUAAGCUCAUUGUUCAGAGUCACCCAUGUAGGUUGCACAGCUUUGUGCCUGCCCAGUCAGUCCUGUUGCCAAGCAAAUGACCACCACAAGCUGGAGUGUCUAUCUUGCCUGUUUUGUACUGCAGAGAGCUUGUGAAUGGAAAAUAUGCAUCUGACCCCUGACCCCCAGGAGGUGCCCAAAGUCUGAUGACAUGAGAGAAGCCCGUUGCACAGAAUCAUAGGAUUGUAGAGUUGGAAGCGACCCUGAGGAUCAGAUAGCUAUCUGACCUCUGCUUAGAUACCUCAGAGGAAGGAGAGUCUACCACCUUCUGAGGAAGUCCGUUCCAUUGUCGAACAGCUCUUCCCAUCAGAAAGUUCUUCCUUAUGUUUAGUCGGAAUCUCCUUUCUUGCAUAAGAGUAGUCAUUUCUCAGUUUUCUGUCUUUGCUUUGAACAUCAAUUUAUAUCUUCUUAUCUGGAAAGUCCCAGCUCCUAAUCUUCCUGCCCUGCUCUCUGUUUGUAACUCUGAGGAAGUUGUUCUAUGCGUUUUUGCAGAAAUUUUAUUUUAUUUUAAUUCACUGCAGAGCCGGGCCCUAACUUUGAAAACAGGGUUUGAGCCAGGCACACACUGACAAAUCUGUCUUUCAUCAGACCAGGGUUUAGUAGCGCAAGAUUGCUCUGGUCAAGCUGUUAAACAGAAAUGUAGGUAUUAAUUUUAUCGCUUCUGUAGCCCUUUUCAGCAUAAUAAAGUGCUUUGGAAUUCUUGUCCCCAGAAAAAUUCCGUGAAUUGAGGUAGUUUGAGAGAUAAUGUUUUACGAGAGGCCACUCAGUGAGCUUCAUGGCUGAGCAAGGACAUCUACCUUAUCUCCAAACCAAACACUGUUUCCAAUGACCUGUACUGGCUGCUGUUCAUACUCUGGGCUGCAAGUUUCUCUUGGGAAGAAAGUACAGUGGUACCUCGGGUUAAGUACUUAAUUCAUUCCGGAGGUCCGUUCUUAACCUGAAACUGUUCUUAACCUGAAGCACCACUUUAGCUAAUGGGGCCUCCUGCUGCCGCCGCGCCGCUGGAGCAUGAUUUCUUAACCUGAAGCACCAUUUCUCAGUUAGCGGAGUGAGUAACCUGAAGCAUAUGUAACCCAAGGUACCACUGUAUUAGUGAAUUGCCUCUGCUGAACAAAGGAGUGCUGGGUUAAGUGGCAAGGGCUGUGAGUCUGGAGAACCUCUUGAUAUCAGGGGCUUUUUUUGAAGAUGUGCAUGGCACAUCUCCUCUAUGGGGGUUAAGUCUUCUCUGUGUGCAUCAUUUUCAGCAAUAUAUGUUAAAACAAGGGACCUUCAUGUUACGCUUUGCCGUGCGUCUCUAGAACUGGGUUCAGCUUGGAUGACUCAGGUGCUGAUUAGGGUGAAAGAAGCACACAGCUGAGAGUUCAAGGAGUUUUGUUUGGCAAGAUCCUACUGGGAAAUUAUCUACUGCUAAGCCAAGGGAGUUGAAAGAGUAGGAUCCUUUUUGCUUUUCCAGAUCCUGGCUGGUGGGACUCAGAGAGGACUCCUUGACUUCCUCAGAUGUGAUCGUCAGCUUGCUGUCAGUGCCCACGAAUGCUAUUAGAAGUCCUGGUGACACCUUUUGCAGUUCCAGCAUGUUUCAAGACACCCUUGGCCAUUUUGGAGAAUGAAUGAGGCCCCCACUACUGGGGAGGCUUCAUGGGAGAGGAGGAUGUGGCUGUUGACCUCAAAUCAGGAGACUUUGCUGGUGCAAAAUGCAUAGGCUGUGGACUCACAUCAGAACAAAGCCCAUUUUACCCAAAGUUGGGGGCAAAUGUUUCAGCUGCUUGCUGCUGCUGUUGCUGGUUCUGGAAAGCCAAGUCUAGCAAAGUCCCCCGUUUCCAUUUUGAGGAUCAAUUCCGCCGGUUAACAUUUUUGGUUCACUCUUUUGUUCUUCUCUUGCAGGGUGUAG